AUGGCUGGUACUUUCUUAUUUACUUCCGAAUCUGUUGGUGAAGGUCACCCAGACAAAAUCUGUGAUCAGGUCUCUGAUGCUAUUUUAGAUGCUUGUUUGGCUCAAGAUCCAAUGUCCAAGGUUGCUUGUGAAACCGCUGCUAAGACUGGUAUGAUUAUGGUUUUCGGUGAAAUUACCACCAAGGCCGUUAUCGACUACCAAAAGGUCGUCAGAGAAACCAUCAAGAACAUUGGUUACGAUUCCUCUGAAAAGGGUUUUGACUACAAAACCUGUAACGUUUUAGUCGCCAUUGAACAACAAUCUCCAGAUAUUGCUCAAGGUUUACAUUUAGAACAGAAAUUAGAGGAAUUGGGUGCCGGUGACCAAGGUAUCAUGUUCGGUUACGCCACCGAUGAAACCCCAGAAGGUCUACCAUUAACCAUCUUAUUGGCUCACAAAUUGAACAUGAAAAUGGCUGAUGCUAGAAGGGACGGUUCUUUACCAUGGUUGAGACCGGACACCAAGACCCAAGUUACCGUUGAAUAUAGAGAAGAAAACGGUAGAUGGAUCCCAUUAAGAAUCGACACCGUUGUCGUUUCUGCUCAACAUGCUGAAGAAAUUUCUACUGAGGACUUAAGAAAAUUAAUCAAGUCUGAAAUUGUCGAAAAGGUCUGUCCAGCUCAUAUGUUAGAUGACAAAACCAAGUACUAUAUCCAACCAUCCGGUAGAUUCGUCAUCGGUGGUCCACAAGGUGAUGCUGGUUUGACUGGUAGAAAGAUUAUCGUCGAUGCUUACGGUGGUGCUUCUGCUGUCGGUGGUGGUGCUUUCUCCGGUAAGGAUUACUCCAAGGUCGACAGAUCUGCUGCUUACGCUGCUAGAUGGGUUGCUAAGUCUUUAUUGGCUGCUGGUUUAUGUAAGAGAGUCGAAGUUGAAUUCUCAUACGCUAUCGGUGUCGCUGAACCAUUAUCUUUACAUGUUAAUACUUAUGGUACUGCUACCAAGUCUGAUGACGAAAUCAUUGCCAUCAUCAAAAAGAACUUCGACUUAAGACCAGGUGUCUUAGUCAGAGAAUUAGAUUUAGCUAGACCAAUCUACUUACCAACUGCUUCUUACGGUCAUUUCACUAACCAAGAAUACCCAUGGGAAAAGCCAAAGACUUUAGAAUUUUAA